AUGGCCCCAGCUAGAAGUUCCAACGACGACGAAACCACUAGUCUGGCAGACCACCUUCCCGGACGAGUAAAAUGGUAUAAUAUCAAGGCGGGCUAUGGCUUCAUUGAGAACCAGCAGACACGGGAAGACGUAUUUAUCCACGUCUCGGGUCUCACACGGUCCCUAAAGAAGGAUCCUCCAAAAGAAAGUGACGAGGUCGUCUUCAACAUCUACUACGGAGAAAAGGGACCCGAGGCGAGACACGUGGUGAAGAAAAAUACAUCCCAUACGCCACUUCACCCUACAGCGAGGUGCACGCGUAACACCGCCGAGGCUCCAGAACUCUUGGAGGCGAAGAUCCUAGCUUGUGUGUUUACUGCUAAGGCUAUUGCAGGAGCAGAUCACCGUCACCUGCAAAGCCUUAUCCCUCUCCUGCUGAAACACAAUGGUCUCCCCGCCAUCCAUGUACCGCUACUUGCACUCGCCCCACCUAGGCGCCAGACGCAAACACUACAGCGUCGCUCUCACCCCGAGAACAUAGGAACCAGCGCGCGAGUGGAGGAAGCAGGGGAAGUGGAAGAGGAAAAAGACGAUGGCCAGAGCGACAACAGCACAACAGAGAGAGGAAAACACGCAGAAACAGCUCCGAAGGAAGAAAAGCACAGGGCCAAGGAGGAGGCGUGCGUCGAUGUGACGGAUGAAGACGGAGACGAAGAAGAAGACGACGAGGACGAGGAAGUGGACGUCUUGGGAAGCGGAAGCGAAGAGACGGCACCUUCGCCCCAGGCAACCAAGCAAAAUCGUCCCUCCGACCCCCAGCCGCCCUCAGGCAAGCAAGACGACGGCUGGGUAACCAAGGAAAAGCGGCGACGAAGGUCUCACGAUGACCCGUAUGUGCUACCAAAGGACAGACGAACAACUACGCCGUCAGUUGCCCUCAGAGAGUCACCCACCAUUGCGAGGCUGAGGCAAGAAAACCGGUCGGGAAGAGUAGAGGAGGACCUGCUGACUGGCGCCUACAUCCACGACGGAGAUCGCUUCGUGGGUUUCAUCAAAGGAUACUCAAAAGCCGGCUACAUGAACUACCCGUAUCCAAAAGGAAGCGAUCAACCAGUGAAGCGCAGUUAA